AUGGAAGAAAAGCCAAAAGAAGACGUCCCUCAAGAAGAAACCUUAUUCCCCCCUCAUCAGUAGGCGAAAAAAAAUUGGAAAAAUUCCUAUUUUUGCCAUAAAUUGAGCGAACAAAAACUUUUUUAUGAAAAAAAAUUGAUAUAUAAGUUUCAAAUUGGGAUUUGUUUAGAUUUUGAGAAAAAAAUUUACAAUAUAAAUUUAUAUAUAAAUUCCUUAAACAAAAUUAGCAAACAAAAAAAUUUUAUUCGCUAACAACGGGGAAAGUUAGCAGAAGGCCCAAUGUCGUUGCUUGUUAAAGCUGUUAAGACAAAUACACAGGUCCUUAUCAACUGCCGCAACAAUAGAAAGAUCUUAGCCCGGGUCAGAGCUUUUGAUCGGCAUAUGAACAUGGUCCUUGAAAAUGUAAAAGAAAUGUGAACAGAAGUGCCAAGAGGAGGCAAAGGGAAAAAAGCCACUCCAGUUAACAAGGAAAGAUAUAUUGCCAAAAUGUUUCUAAGAGGCGAUUCAGUUAUUGUUGUCCUCAAAAACCCUAAGUAA